AUGGCAGAAUCCAAGACGGACGUGCAGCAAUGGCACGUCACGGAGCCCUACAUCGACCUCCACUGCCUGCUCGGCGAGGGUCCAUACUUUGAAGCCGCCACCAAUGCGCUGCGCUUUGUCGACAUCAAGAAGAAGCAGGUCCACACCGUCUCGCUGUGCGAUGGGCCGGCCUUGCUGAAGACGGUUCAGCUGGAUGUCCCAGUUACCGUGACGGCCGAUGUCGAGGGCCGCGACCCGCGCGACACCAUCUUGGUCGGGCUCAAGUACGGCGUUGCGCUCCUCGACCGUAAGACGGGCCAGUAUGAAUACCUGGCCAGGUUUGCCAACAGCGCCGAGGGCGGUGGGGACCAAGCUGCCAGACUCAGGAGUAACGAUGGCGCGGUCGACCCGCAUGGCCGCUUCUGGCUUGGUACCAUGACCGACUUUGGCUUUGGCCCCUUCGAACCGGAAGGGACGCUCUUCAGGUUUGGCUCCGACAGCAGCCGUGACGUAGCCCUAUCGGGGCUUACCAUCCCCAACUCGGUCGGCUGGUCCCCGGACUCGAGGACCAUGUACUUUACUCACUCGUCGGCUCGGCAGGUUUUGGCGUGGGACUACGACAUGGCCGAUGGCAGCCGGUCCAAUGAGCGCGUAUUCUACCAGCACGACGGGCCAGGCGAGCCGGACGGCUUCCGGGUCGAUCGCGAGGGCAACCUCUGGCACGCUGUGUGGGGGGAGAGCCGCAUCAUUAAGAUCUCCCCCGAGGGCAGCAUCAUCGGCCAGGUUAACCUCCCGACCCGGCACAUCACCUGCUGCGAGUUCGUAGGGACUGAGCUCUUCAUCACGUGUGCCGAGGAUGACGAGGGCGAGGGAGACAGCAGGCGCUAUGGAGGCGGCCUUUUCAGGGUCGAUGUUGGGACCACGGGCCUGGGGCACCACAACUUCAAGCUAGGCGCUUGA